AUGACUAUCACCGAACUCCCCCAGGUCCUCAGCAAGGAAGGACAAGGCCUGCUACCAGUCAACACCCCAAUUCGCUCCUUCAUCCUCACCGACAAGUCUUCGCCAGGGAUGGCAUGUCAGAUCACCAACCUCGGCGCCACUCUGACCCAUCUCUGGGUGCCCGAUAGCAAGAACCACUCUAGAGACGUUGUCUUGGGAUUCGAUGACAUGACUGCAUACCGCACCGAAUACGAUCCUUACUUUGGCGCCAGCGUCGGCAGAACAGCCAACAGAAUCGCUAAAGCACAGUUCGCAUUGCCAGAUGACCCAGAGACGGUCUAUCGACUGGAUGCCAACAACGGACCAAACUCACUUCAUGGAGGCAUUGACGGCUUCGCGUUCAGGAUCUGGGACGUCACCCUCACUCCUGACCUCGGCAAUGUCGAAACCCCUGGUACCAGUCUCCAAUUAAGCGUGCUCUCGAACCACAUGGACCAAGGCUUUCCUGGACGUCUCCGUGUGCUCUGCUCCUACCGUCUUUACAACCAUGCUCUCGAAGUCUCGUAUGAGGCGUUCCUGGAAGACGACGCUGGCGACAACCGUCAGGUGUCGAUUGUCUCGUUGACGAACCAUGCGUAUUUCAACCUCCACGGGGUACCAGCGCCCAUCUCCACAGGCAACCCCAGCCAAGUCAAGGAUCACGUUUUCCGGACGACUCAUAUUGCCAGCUUUCUUGAACUCGACGAGACUUCUGCCCCGACUGGAACUGUUGUGCCCCUGGACCAGGACUCUAGCAUGGACUUUCGCAAUGCCAAGACCAUCGGCCAAGAUCUCCUUGCUGCCCCAGGCGGCGCCGGGUACGAUCAUUUCUACCCUGCCCAGCAAGCCAUUGAGCGACCCGAGGAGUACCACCUCGGCAAGGAUAUUAACCGCACGACGCCUCUGGUCCUGGCCACAGUCCAUGCGCCCGAAUCUGGCAUCCAGUUGGAAAUGUCAACCACCGACCCAGGGUUUCAGUUUUACACUGCCAACUUUGUGCACCUAGAGCCUGGCCUGAUCGACACUGCAAAGGUCUUUUUGGAUCUGGGAUCGGACGGAGGAUUUCAGCAUGUUGGAAAAGCAAAGGGCGGGUAUGUGGUGCACUCUGCGUUCUGCCUCGAGGCAUCCCGAUUUCCUGACGCCAUUAACCACCCAGCUUGGCGCGACCAGGUCAUCAUCCGAUCUGGUGACAAGUACCAAUCCAAGACCGUCUACGCCUUUUCGACUAUCUAG